CAUUUGGGAACUCGGGCACUGCCCGAGGGCCCGGGGUCAGAAGGGGGCCGCAUGAGAUGCCCCUGGUACCUUUUUCAUAGGCUUUUUGGGUGUGGUUUGAGUGUGAGCAACGACACAGGAGCCCCAUGGUCCCCUAUUAUCCGGGGGCCCCAUGAGUUGUCAGUCCACCCCUGGCCCUACCCCCUAUAUCAGCAUGCUGAUAAUGUAACAUUUCCUAAAAUUCGAUCCAAAGAGAAUAUAGUUAAAGAACAUUCGACCAAUGGAAAAAAUAGCCUAACACUA